GUCACCCCAAGGGGACUAUCUCCCAGCGGCAGGCCUUCGAUAAAAUCAGGAACUUGCGCUGGCCCUUCAAUGUCAAGGGAGGGGGCUCACGCAGGGCUCCUGCAGCUCGAGGGGCAGGCCUGAGCCCUGCGCCCGCCCCGCGUCCACCCAGCCCCCGACGGGGCGCCCCAUCCCCAGGGGCCCCGCACUGGCCCCCACCGAGCCAGGGGCCCCGAGCGACGCCGAGCUCGGCUGGAUGUUACAGGCGUGCAAGAUGGAAGGGUUUCCCCUCGUCCCCCCUCCGUCGGAAGACCUGGUUCCCUACGACACGGAUCUCUACCAGCGCCAGACGCACGAGUAUUAUCCCUAUCUCAGCAGUGAUGGAGAAAGCCACAGCGACCAUUACUGGGACUUCCACCCGCACCACGUGCACAGCGAGUUCGAGAGCUUCGCCGAGAACCACUUCACGGAGCUGCAGAGCGUGCAGGCCCCGCAGCUGCAGCAGCUCUACCGCCACAUGGAGCUGGAGCAGAUGCACGUGCUCGACGCGCCCAUGGCGCCCGCCCACGCCGGCCUCGGCCACCAGGUCUCCUACCUGCCCCGCGUGUGCCUCCCGUACCCCUCCCUGUCCCCGGCCCGGCCCAGCUCGGAUGAGGAGGAGGGCGAGCGGCACAGCCCCCCGCUGGAGGUGUCGGACGGCGAGGGCGACGGCCUGGAGCCGGGGCCGGGCCUGCUGCACGGGGAGACAGGCAGCAAGAAGAAGAUCCGCCUGUACCAGUUCCUGCUGGACCUGCUGCGCAGCGGCGACAUGAAGGACAGCAUCUGGUGGGUGGACAAGGACAAGGGCACCUUCCAGUUCUCGUCCAAGCACAAGGAGGCGCUGGCGCACCGCUGGGGCGUGCAGAAGGGCAACCGCAAGAAGAUGACCUACCAGAAGAUGGCGCGCGCGCUGCGCAACUACGGCAAGACGGGCGAGGUCAAGAAGGUCAAGAAGAAGCUCACCUACCAGUUCAGCGGCGAGGUGCUGGGCCGCGGCGGCCUGGCCGAGCGGCGCCACCCGCCGCACUGAGCGCGCGCCCCCGCCCGCCGGGCCGCCCGGCCGCCCCGCCGGCCACAGCAUUAACCCCUCGCCCGGCCGGACACAGGGGGGAGGCUCCCGGGGGGCCGGGGCCGGGGCGCCGGGGGGCCGGCCUCUCCCCGCCGCCCGCCCCGCCCGCUCCAGCCCCCUGCCCGCACCCCUGCUUCGCCUCCCGCCGGGGCUCCAGACCUGGCGCCAGAGGCCCCGCCCCGGGCGUCUGGCCUCGGCGAGGCUCGGCUCGCUUAGGAGCAGGGGUGCUUCUCUGGGAGUCUGAGCUCAUCCUCGUGUAAAUGGAACCUUCCUCUUUAAGCUUCCCUUUCUCCCCACGUCUCUCCCCCAUGGGCUUCCCCAAGAACACAACGUAUUAAACUUAUUCUC